GCUUCCAAAACCAAAUUCAAACUUCGAAAAUCGAACGCGUUCGGAAUGACAGCUUGAUUUAUUUUUAUAAAAAUAAAAAUGUGGGGUUGGUUGUUAUGCCUGGCUGUGGCCGGCGCUUUUUGGAACGUUGACGGCGCGGGCGCAGGCGCCGCGCGUUUGGUGUGCUACGUAGGGGGAUCCCGCGCUAUAGACGGUUAUACAGAGUGUUCGCAUCUCGUUUACACGGGAAAUGAAAGAGGAGACAAGCUCGAUACUCUGCUGAAGGAAUAUAGGAAGAACAACCCAAGGAUCAAGAUUGUCUUGAGGGUUACUGAAGUCGAUAAGGACCUCCGCAAACUUCUAAAAUCGAAGCACCUUCAGGGUCUGGAAAUAUACGAUGCCCACAAAACCCUCAACAGGACGAAGGUCCAAGAGGCAGUCGACGCAGCCCGUUCCAUCAUCAGCUCUUCAGGAGGCGGCCCUCUGUUCUUGGCACUACCUGCGCACCCUGAGCUGCUGGCGAAGUAUUAUGACCUGAGGGCUCUGGUGAAGAAGGUGGACCUCCUGAUGGUCCAAACCCACGCUUUGGGCUUCGUGAAGAAGAUGGCGUAUCACCCGAGUAGGCUGAGUGGCGUGUGGGAUAUGAUGAAUACGGAUUCCGUCGUCGACCUGGUUGUCGGUCUCGGAGUACCAGCUUCGAAGGUGGUCAUCAGCCUCCCCGCCACCGCCCUCAAGUUCUCCCUUCUCAAUGAAACCCUCAGUACUCCUGGGAGCCCCACGGUGGAAGACCAGCCCAAGGUGGUAGACCAGGCUGAGUUAUGCCGAAUGCUGCAGAAGGGAAGGUGGACCUUGGAGAGAGAUCAAGAUCUGUCAGCGCCUUAUGCUUUUAAGAACACAACUUGGGUAUCUUUCGAGGACGCUUCUUCCGUAGACGUGAAGGGCAAAUACGCGAGGGUCCGAGGACUGGCUGGACUGGCGCUUCACCAGGCAGACCGGGACGUGGAGACGCCUUGUGGACCAACCCUGAAGGCGUCCCUCAUGAAGGUGCUCAACCAGCAGAGUCGAGCUCCGAGAGCGGCUGUACUCAGGUCUCUGGAACACGAGAUCCUGUCAGCCCCGAGCCACGCCCGAGUGCUGGACGCUCUGCAGGUGUCUCCGUACAGGAUCACCCAGGUGGUGGACUCUGACGGUGUCAUACACUCUAUAAGAGAGGACACCAGAACAGAAUUCUCCUGUUCACGUCAGGGCUACUUCGUGCACCCUCGCUCCUGCGCCAGGUUCUACCGAUGUGUCAAGUUUGAUCAGCUUUCGCCAGAAUAUACUGUAUUUGAAUUCGACUGCCCCGCGGGUCUGGCGUUCGAUUCCCGGUACGAGGUGUGCGUGUGGCCGGGCAGCCUCCCCCACUCGCAGGCCUGCCCCGGCUCCUCUGAGAUCGCGCCCGUGCCGCAGACCAGGUUCAUCUGUCCUGAACACGAAGGUUACUACGCUGACCCUGAGAACUGCCGUUGGUUCUUCGCGUGUCUGGACCACGGGAAGGCGCCGUUGACUGCGUACGAGUUCCGCUGUCCGUUCGGUCUCGGGUUCGACGCCGAGAAGCUCAAGUGCGACUGGCCGUGGCUGGUGCCUGCUUGCGGGAAUAUCGCCCGUUAUGAAGCUGAAGCACAUGGGUUCUCCGCUGCUACAUUGACUGGUGCAGUAGGAUUCCAAGGCCAGACUGCAGACGCCAUUAACGUUGCUGCUCAUCAAAGCCUUGUCUCUGGGGCUUCACUUAACAACUUGGUUGGAAUUCAAAACGGAUUUCUGACUAAAGAGGACGCCUUAGACGGAAAUUUCAUAGCUUCUCAGGAGUUGGCUAAUGGCCAGUAUGAUUCGGGACUUUCUCAAGCUCAAGACGUCAAUGGAUUAGCGUAUCAAGCUGGCGACUUAGCCACUAUAAACGCGAACGUAGGAUUAGUUCAACCAAAGAAAUAUACUAGUGGUUCUAUAAUUUUAGGCGACUACAGAUUACCUUCUAAACCUAAACAUCAAAAUCUUGCAUACGCUAAUUUUAAUCAAAACGCCGGAGCAAGCAACGGUUUUAAUGUGUAUGCAGGAAAUUACAAAAAUAAUUUUAAUUACGAUGACAACGAAUCUGGCGCCUAUGUUCAUGAUCCCUCAGGAGAUUAUGCAGAACCUUAUAAACACGUUGAUGCACCAGCCCAGCCCUAUGUCCAUGAUGAUCAAGCUUACAAACAUACUGGCGAUUACUCUGAUGCUGGAAAAUACGCAGGCUCUUAUUCUCAAACCGGUUAUCAAGAAAAAUAUGCAGAAGGAAAUGCCGGACAAUAUGUAGCUGAUUACUCAGGAUCUUAUGUAGAACAAGACUCGUCUAAUAGUGGUUAUAGAGGAGAUAAGUCUGGAUCUUAUAUACAAUCCAACUUUAGAAGUGACCAUUUGGGCUCAUAUGUUAAAUCAGAUUCAUUGAGUGGGGCAUAUAAAGAUGACAAUUCCGGAUCAUAUGUACAAUCUAUUUCUUCUAACAGUGGAUAUAAAGAUGAUAAUUCAGGAGCAUAUGUAGAAUCUGGAUAUUCCAAUAAUGGUUAUACAGGGCAGUAUUCUAGUUCAUAUGCCACUGACAACUCUGGUUCUUAUAAUAAUGAUUACUCUGACAGAUACUCAAACGGAAACUCAAAACAAUAUGAAGCCGGUGUAUAUCGAGCGGAAGGUCAUAUUGGUAGUGGAGCUAAUUCAUUUGAAAAUAAUGAAAAGUUAUCCCAUUCAAUCGAAAUAAAGCACGGAGCUUAUAGUAGUGCUAAUACAGGAAAUUACGUAAGUGAUUCUAAAACAUACACUGGAGCUUCUCAUACUUUGACAGCUGGAGCAGUUAAUGUGGGAUUAGUUGGAAAAACUACAUUGAUUGAUGCGGAUUACAACGAUCAAUUUAAUUAUCAAGGAGGAUAUAAUGCAGCUUCUAAAUUAACUAGUGAAGUUAGUCGUCAAACAUUGCAUCCGGGUCAUGUUUCAUAUGUAGAUCAACCAGCAGUUUCCGUUUCACAUGUUGGAACAGACAGUCAAAAUAUAGACGGUUAUGGUUACGUUACAACGCCCACCUCUUCUGGAGUGCCAACUACCGCAACACCGUUCGCUGUCACUACAGCUAUACCGAUAACAACAUACAAAACAACAUUCGUUCCAGAAGCACCAAAAUCCACAAUUACACAAGUAUUUGGUAUAACUCAUCCUGCAGUGACUUACGUUCAACCCACUGUUGUAGCUGUUACACAACAUGUCAACACUCCUAAAGUCGAAGUUUCUGACUAUAAUCAAGCUUUUAACUAUCAAUACGAAAGCCAGAGUCAUAAUUCAAAUCAGUAUGCAUCAAGUCAGUCAUCUGCUAAGAAAUCACAAUCAGGUUACGACUAUUCCAAACCUGAUGUUAAAUUUGAAGACGGUCUAACUUACACUACUGCUGCUCCUGUAGUACCUGUUUCAACAUUUAAACCACAAGGAUUCAGCUAUGGUCAACAAACAUUACACAAUGUUGAAUCUGUUGGAUUUGAUUACUCAACUGCAGUUCCAGUAACAGAACCACCAUUUAAGAAGAUUGUUGCUUACACAACUGGACCAUCAGUUACUGAAGCUUCACCGCAUGCUUAUAGUCAUCAAACAAUCCACAAGGUUGAAUCAAGUCAGGUUAACAUACCGUCCGUAGGGAUUCAGGAAACUGGUUAUGAAUAUGAACAACCAAAGACUGUAAUACAAUACACAACACCCCAACCAGCCGUUGUAUCUACUUAUCAACCUCAUUUGUACAGCCACCAGACGGUGCACAAGGUUGACGCCAGUCAAGUAAAGACUUACACUCAAGGAAACUCUGAAUCCGGAUACGAAUAUAGCAAGCCAGCAAUCAAAUUUGAAGAUGGAGCAAAGACUGUUUUUGAGUAUUCAACCCCCGCUCCAGUAGUAUCUACGAGUACGUAUAAACCACACUCAUACAGUCAUCAGACGAUUCAUAAAAUUGAAACACAAAAUUAUAAUCCGGUGUCAUCAACUUCUGUACCCAAAGUUGAAAUUGCAUAUCAACCUGCCGUUUCUAUAUAUAAGAACCCCAUUUUGACUUAUACUGAAAAUGUUACUCCGACUACUUAUGUAGAACCUUCAUAUAAAACAAAUGCAUACAGUCAUCAAACCAUUCACAAAUCUGAAGAAAAGAAUGAUUACGGUGCAUCGAUAGAUCAUGGAAGCACUGGUUAUCAAUCUAGUGUGUUAUAUGAACAACCGAAAUCAGAGAUUACAUACUCAACUCCUCAGCCAGCUAUUUCACUGCAGCCUGUUGUAUCAACAUAUGAACCUCACGUGUUUAGUCACCAGACUUUACAUAAAGUAGAGGCCAGUAAAAUUAAUACUUAUUCUCAUUCUCAUGAAUCUUCCGACUCAGGUUAUGAAUACAAACAACCUGAUAUUAAAUUUGAGGAAUCACCACAAUAUCAAUAUUCUACAUCAGAAGUUACGUCACCAGCACCAGUAGUUGUUUCAACAUAUAAGCCACAAAUUUAUAGUCAUCAAACUGUUCAUAAAGUUGCUCAAAAUUAUAUUCCAGUUUCAUCUACUCCUAAAGUAGAAGUAGACUACCAGCAACCUUCUGUGACCGUUUAUGAAAAUCCUAUUUUGAAAUAUACAGAAAAUGUUACCCCAGUUCCAUAUGUACAACCAACUGCUACUGUUUACACACAAACUUAUCAACCGAUCGUUGCUCACAAACAUGAAGUCACUCAUGUUAGUCACCCUGUUAAGAUUGAAGCUCAACAGUCCUUUUCACAAAUAGACCAAGGAGGGUAUUCCUAUAACCAACCUGAGAUUCAAAGAGAAAUUGAAUUUAUUGGCCAAAAGUCGCAUUCUGAUGGUAGUAUCGUAUCGAAUCAGGUUUUCCAUCAAUCUAAUGUAAAUCAACAUGUGUCAGGGAAAGAUAUAGUUUUUGUUUCAACAACGCCAUCAACGUUGGCAUACGAAGACCAUUAUAAUGAAUAUGAAAGUCCCAAAAACAUCGAAACUUACAAGACUCAACAAUAUACUCCACAGAAAUCAGAUUAUCAGUCCUACUCAACAGUAUCUACACCAAUUGUACAGCAUCAUAAUUCUGUCAUCCAUAAAGCUCAAGAACAGAUUUAUUAUAAACCAGAAUAUACACAAGAAUAUGAUAUUAAGCAAUCCCAGCCUGUUCAACAGGUUUCUUUUGAUACUUCUCAUAUUUCUCAACCUAGAAAAGAAUCUAUUCACCUAUCAACUUUCCCUGGUACAACGAUUACAACUAAAUACAAGAAGGUUGCUUAUGAGUCUCCUAAAAUACAAGAUGGGUACAAAGCGGAAGAAUAUUUGCCUCCAGUCGUAUCCACGGUCACACCAAUAGUUUCAUCGACAUUCUCGCCCAGCUAUUCCACUGUUUCUACAUCAAACGAAUAUUUGCCUCCUAUUACAAAGGAAUAUUUACCUCCUACACCAAAGGAAUAUCUGCCUCCAGCUUCUGAAGUAAAUAUUGAGUACAGCAACCCUAAAUAUUUAGCACCCAACGUGGAAAACGCCUAUUUACCUCCAUCUACUCGUAGAACAGUUUAUAAAUCAACUACGCAAAAUCCUUCCGUGUAUGUGAAAUCGACAACUGAAUAUAAUGCUCCUGAAUAUUUACCACCAUCAGAGGAAAAUAAGGCUAAAGUUGUGAAUUUUGAAACUUUUGGAUAUAAUGAACAAUCUGCUGAUGCUGAUAUUGGUUAUAAUCCUUACCAAGAAUAUACAGUUUCAACAUCUGCUCCUGUGCAAAGAAAACAAAAUCUUGUCGUACAAACUGCAAAAUCAAAUCUGCUCGGAUUUGGUACAGUAGGUCCUGAUGCUGGGUUAGUAUCACAGGUUUCUUAUACUACAUCAAAACCUACAGUUGUGUCAAGCACUAGUACUCCAUAUCGAUAUGUAGAAUCAACCACCCAGUACCAGGCUCCGGAAUACUUGCCACCGACAGAAGACUCUAAAAUACAUAGAAAACAAAAUAUAGUAGUGGAAACUGCUAAAUCGCAGUUAGGUUUUGGUACAGUAGGUUCUGAUGCUGGAUUAGUAUCUUCAUCAUUAUACACUACAGUGCAGCCUAUUGUAUCUACUUCUGAUUCAUAUUCGUUAUCCCCAAAAACGGUUUCCUCAACUUAUUUACCUUCUGAACAAGAAAUUGUUGAAGUUACACCGGUACCUGUUAGAAGAACAAAGCCGAAAGUAGCCGUUGUUACGAAGAUCAAUGACUUUAAUCCACUCUUGGUCAGAAAGCUGGGAGCGGUUUGUAGUUGUCAAUCCCCCGUCCUUGUUCUUAAAGGGAAGAGACCCUAUGUUAAAAACCAAGAAGACUUCGAUGAUUAUAGUAAUGACUAUGAUGAUUCUGAUCGGGGAGAUAUUAGCAAUGCUCAAUGGGGAAGAAAAUCAUCUGAAAAUGUUGUGAAAUCUUCUCCAGUUGUGACUUCUACAUAUAAUCCAAUCAUUGUUCCUGAUGACUCUUACUAUCAAGAUUACCAAGAAUCAAGCAACUAUGAACCAGUAGUAUCCAAUAAGGGCAAUACAGUGUAUUCCGAAAAUUUCGUAUCAAGUACACCAACUGUAAUUUCGACAACAGAAAAGAUAUUAAAGAUACGACCAAGAGUUAAGGCUGUGACUGUCGCUCCUACUUACAAAACAGUCUUACUGAAUCAAGAAAUCACUCCCUCAGCAGCUGUCAAAGCAGAGUCUGCUGAUAGUAUUGUCAAUUCUCAAGCCUUCGAUCGGUACGGCCCAGGUGGAUGGAGAAGCAGAGACGAAACAUUGCAAGGUUCAGUCGAUUGUCAGAGGGCUGGUUUGUUCCGUCAUCCAAAACAAUGUAACAAGUUCUAUGCUUGUAGGUGGGACUGUACUAAACAAAGGUUUACCCUUCACGUUUUCAAUUGCCCCGUUCAAUUAAGUUUCGAUCCUUCUUUAGGAGCCUGCAACUGGCCCAGCCAGGGCCCGGCUUGUCAAGGCGAUACACUCUUAACGAAUACUCUUUGAAGAAAUAGAUAUAAUAUCGAAUCUCGUUCGUGCCAUCAAAAUUGUGAUAAAUGAUCACGAAUUGUUUUACGACUCUCUAUUUCACGAAAUAAUAUACGUAAUUUUGUAAGCUUAUUUAUUUCACCAAUUUGUUGUUAUUUUGUAGUUAUUUAUUAUGUACUAUUCUGCUUUUAGCAUGCUAAGCAUAAAUUCAUCAUUCAUUAUACUUUAGUUACCAUUAUCUAGUUUAUCUAGAAUGUUACCUUUUUGUAAAAUAGUAACAGUCUAAAUUAAUGU